AUGAACGACUCGUGCUCUAAUAGCACUCACCUGCACCGGGACGGGAGCCCGGUGCUCAGCGCCUUCAUGUUCGGCGCCGGCGUGGCGGGCAACGCCAUGGCCCUGGCCAUCCUGGGCGUCCACCGGCAGGCGCUGCGGGCCAAGUCGUCGGCCUUCGUCAUCCUGGCGACCGGCCUGGCCGCCACCGACCUACUGGGCACCUGCUUCCUCAGCCCGGCGGUGUUCGCCGCCUACGCGCGGAACAGCUCGCUGCUGGGGCUGACCCGCGGGCCGGGCCUGUGCCAGAGCUUCGCCUUCGCCAUGACCUUCUUCGGGCUGGCCUCCACGCUGCUGCUGUUCGCCAUGGCGGUGGAGCGCUACCUGGCCCUGAGCCACCCGUACCUGUACGCCCAGCACGACCCCCGCCGCUGGGCGCGGCUGGCCCUGCCCGCCGCCUACACCUUCGGCGCCGCCUUCUGCUCGCUGCCCUUCGCCGGCGUGGGCCGCCACAUGCAGUACUGUCCCGGCAGCUGGUGCUUCAUCCAGAUGGAGACGGCCGACGACGACGCCGCCGCCCGGGCUUUCUCGCUGGCCUACGCCGCCCUGGUCACGCUGCUGGUGGGAGCCACUUUCCUCUGCAACGGCUCGGUGACCGUCAGCCUCUGCCGCAUGUACCGGCAGCAGCGGCGGCGCCGGGGCUCGCUGGGCCCGGGCCGCGCCCGGAGGAAGAGCUGGUUCGGGACCUCGUGGGGCGAGACGGAGGUGGACCACCUCGUCCUGCUGGUCGCCAUGACGGGCAUCUUCGCCGUGUGCUCCCUGCCGCUGGCGAUCCGCGGCUUCAUCGGGGGCCUGGCGCCCGGAGGGUCCCGCUCCCUCAAAAAGGACCUAAUCGCCUUCCGCUUCAGCGCCUUCAACCCCAUCGUGGACCCGUGGGUCUUCAUCCUGUUCCGCAAGACCGUCUUCCGCCGGCUCCGCCAGCUGCUGUGCUGCGCGCGCGCGCCGCCCCCGACCCCCAAGCCCCCCGGCCUCGCCUUCCAGCCGCGGCCCCAGGGCUCGGACCCCCUCCGGCCGGCCGGGAAGGCCGCUGACACUGCCCCCCACCCCCGCGGAUGA